CAGGUAUAGAAAGCAGGUAUAAAAAAUUGAAUAGGUGAGUUUUUGAGAGGGAUUUGAAUGUGUGGACGCCAAAGUAGUGUCAGAGGGGAGAUGGAAGGGAGUUUCAGAGGGUGGGAGCAGCAGCAGAAAAGGCUCAAGUCUGUGAGGUAGAGGGGGACCAGAUGAUGGAGGGCUUUGCGGUUGAGGAGGAGGAUCUCAGAUGUACGUCGCUUUGGAUAAAAGCAUCUGCCAAAUGAAAUUGUAGAAUUGUAGAGUCUUGAAUGUUAUGUGUUGACGUUUUCUUUUGAGUUUUUUUUUUUUUAAUCUCUAAAGAAUAUUCAGUGUGAAACAUAGAUCUGUAUAAUAAAGGACUUUAUUGUAAAUAUCUAUGAUGUGAAACACAUGCCGUUCAGUCAUCAUGGUGAUGAGCAGGAAUAUGUCUCAAAAAAAGAGGAGAAGCAUCUAUUUUUGUAUCUUAAAGAUUUAUGACAGUUUAUUUUUACAAACCCUUCAGAGAUUUUUAUUUUUUCAGUUUUUUUCUAUAUAUAUAUAAGAAAAUAGAAUCAAAAGUCUGAAGAGUGCCUUGCAAAGUAAGUAGAUGUAAAAAUUUGAAUGUCUCAAUAAUUCAGUCACGUUACAAUGAGAACAGAUUUAAGUUCAUCUUAUGUAACGAACUGAAUAAGGACAACAAAUAGUUUGUGAACAAAUGUGUGCUUUAUAUAUAUUGAGAUGGUCAUGUCCCUCUGCUGAACCCUCUGUUGGUUCUUUAUGAUGUCUGUUAAAUGCCGAAAUAAGUGGAGCGAUAAACUAGACUAAGUUGUCUAUGCAUGUUGAAAGAAAUUGUCACCACAGUUUUAAGGAGAGGGGCAAAUUCGCAGAUGUGGAAAUUUGGAAGAUCAGUGUUAUUUCUGGGUUGUAAAUAUUGAAAAUUUGAUGUUUACUGGUUGGGGCGCUGGUAGGAGUGUGAUUCUGCUUCUUUGCAUCAAGGACCACAAAAGAAACAGGUUUUGGACUUCAGAGUGUCAUUUCUUUUUAUUUAUUUGUCAUUUAUUUAUUUCUUAUUUCUUCUUUUGCUUAAAUUUUGCACCACUGUUGCAGUGCAGUAUUGAGUAAAUGUUCUGUUUUGUCCCACACAGCAGCAUGAACAUGUCAGACAACGAGUCAUCGUACAGCUAUGAGUAUGAAUCCGGCUGCAAUGAAGACAACACCACAGAUUUCCCCAACAGACAGACAGUCAUGCUGGUUCUUUACUAUGUGCUGUUUUGUCUCGGUCUACUAGGCAACAGUACAGUUCUCUGGGUUCUCCUGCGGUACAUAAAGCUGAAAACGAUGACAGAUGUCUGCCUCCUGAACCUGGCCCUGUCUGACCUUUUACUUACUGUAUCCCUGCCACUCUGGGCCUACAGUUCCCAGAGCCUUGUUUCAUGCAAGGUGAUGACAGGAGUCUAUCAGUUAGGUUUCUACAGUGGGACUUUGUUUGUGACCCUAAUGAGUGUGGACCGCUACCUGGCCAUCGUCCACGCUGUGGCAGCUGUUCGAGCCAGAACAUUUCGCUAUGGAAUCACAGCCAGCAUCACUAUCUGGGUCAUAUCUGUCAUCAUGGCAGUCCCUCAGGUGAUAUUUGCCACCUUGGAGACAGAUACAGAUGGCUCCCAGUGCCAGCCAAUCUACCCAGAAGACAGCAAGAACUUUUGGAAGUUGCGGCGAAACUUCAGUGAGAACACAGUGGGCCUUUUUGUGUGCCUUCCAAUCAUGGUUUUUUGCUAUGUGAAAAUCCUUAUUGUGCUCUCAAAGUGCAGGAACUCCAAGAAGAACAGAGCUGUGAAGCUGAUUUUCACCAUCGUGUGUCUGUUUGUGGUGUGUUGGGUUCCCUACAAUGUCACAGUUUUCCUUCAGACACUGGAGCAGCUUCAAAUCCUGAACAACUGUAAUGUUUCAACAGCCAUCAGCUCUGCCUUAAACUUUGCUGAGAUCAUUGCGCUGUCCCACUGCUGUGUAAAUCCAGUGGUGUAUGCAUUAAUAGGAGAGAAGUUUAGGAAGUCAUUGGGGAGUGUGCUGUCUAAAUACGUGUCCUGGAGUUACCUGACCAGAAACACUUUGAGUCAGGGAGACACCACCGAAAAAGAGACUUCUCACACACCUGUUAGAUCAGAUUAUUAGAACGGUGUCAUCUGCAUAGUUGUG